UCCUGUGCGCACGGAGCUGACGAGCUGAGCUUUGGAGCCGGGAACCGCCGCUGCUGUCGCCGCUGCCGCCGCUGCUAUCUGACAAGCCCGCUGGGAAUGGAAAUGUCUUCUGCUUCAACUCUCACGUCCCACUAACAUGCCAAACGCGACGGACGGAUCGAUGCGGCUAACAGCAGUCAAGGCUGAAGAUCAGGGGAUGAGUUUAUAAAACUACAGCGGAGAAAAGAGAAACAAAAGGAAUAGGAAGUCGGCUGCUUGGAAACUCCUCUUUUGUAUCAUCGUACCCUGCAGUCCAUAAGGCACUGACUGAUCCUGACGUGGAUUAAACAGUCAGGAAUACACCAACACCCACAGGCUCACCCCCCCUCCCCUCACUGCCAUGUCCUCCCACCUGAACCCACCCCUCCUCGUCCUCCCAAUCUUCUCUCUGCUCCUCUCCCUUUCCAUGCCCUCCACCUCCACUAUCCCCUCCUCCUCCUCCCCUCUCCUUUCCUUCUCCCCACCUGAAGGAGGUCUCACACAUUUGGUGGUGCACAACAAAACCGGCGAGGUCUACCUGGGCGCUGUCAACUGGAUCUACAAGCUGUCAAGCAACCUCACCAAGUUACGAAACCAUGUUACGGGCCCUGUGACAGACAACCCUCGCUGUUACCCUCCACCUGGUGUGCAGUCCUGUCCCCAUGAGCUGGUGCAAACCUCUAAUGUCAAUAAACUCCUGCUUCUUGAUGCUGCCCAUAACCGCUUAAUUGCCUGUGGGAGUACUUCCCAGGGAAUUUGCCAAUUCCUGCGUCUGGAUGACUUAUUUAAGCUUGGUGAGCCUCACCACCGUAAAGAGCAUUAUCUUUCCAGUGUUGCUGAAGCAGGCACAAUGUCAGGUGUCGUGAUCUCGCCGAAUAUCUUCGGUGAAGGUGGGAAAUUAUUCGUCGGCACACCCAUCGACGGGAAAUCUGAGUACUUCCCAACCCUGUCCAGCCGCAAGCUAAUGUCCAAUGAGGAGAACGCAGACAUGUUCAGCUUCGUCUACCAGGAUGAGUUUGUUUCCUCGCAGCUCAAGAUUCCCUCAGACACGCUCUCCAAGUUCCCAGCCUUUGACAUCUACUACAUCUACGGCUUCAACAGUGAGCAGUUUGUGUAUUAUCUCACCUUACAGCUCGACACCCAGCUCACCUCGCCCGAUGCAAGCAGCGAACAGUUCUUCACCUCUAAAAUUGUUCGCCUGUGUGUUGACGAUCCAAAGUUCUACUCCUAUGUUGAGUUCCCCAUCGGCUGCACCAAGGACGGAGUGGAAUACCGCUUGGUUCAGGAUGCUUAUUUAGCCCGACCAGGGGCGCGCUUGGCACGUUCGCUCGGUAUUGAAGAACACGAAGAGGUUCUAUUUACUGUAUUUGCCCAGGGUCAGAAGAACCGAGCAAAACCACCGAAGGAGACCGCUUUGUGUCUGUUCACGAUGAGACGGAUAAAGGAGAAGAUUAAAGAGAGGAUUCAGUCGUGCUACAGGGGAGAAGGGAAACUCUCCCUGCCCUGGCUUCUAAACAAAGAGCUGGCCUGCAUCAACUCGCCUCUGCAGAUAGACGAUAACUUCUGCGGCCAGGACUUCAACCAGCCUCUAGGGGGCACCACUGCCAUCGAGGGGAUCCCUCUUUACGUGGACAAGGAGGACGGCAUGACCUCGGUGGCGGCCUAUGACUACCGCGGACACACUGUGGCGUUCACAGGCACUCGCAGCGGGCACAUGAAGAAGAUCCUUGUGAACUCCAUUACCCAACCUGCCUUGCUGUAUGAGAAUGUGGUGGUGAGCGAUGGAAGCCCCCUUCUUAGAGAUCUUCUCUUCGGCCCGGAACACCAGUACUUAUACACCCUCACCGACAAACAGGUUACACGUGUACCAGUGGAGAGCUGUGAGCAGUACACCUCCUGUGGAGCCUGUCUGGGAUCAGGAGACCCUCACUGUGGCUGGUGUGUGCUGCAUAAUGUAUGCUCGAGGAAGGAUAGCUGUGAGCGAGCGGACGAACCUCAGCGUUUCACCACCAGGGUGGAGCAGUGCGUCCGACUCGCCGUCCAACCUGACACCAUCUCUGUCACCAUGUCAGAAGUGCAGUUGGUACUUCAGACGCAGAAUGUGCCCAGUCUGUCUGCUGGAGUGAACUGCUCCUUCGAGGACUACAUAGAGACAGAGGGACGCAUCUAUGGUGGACGCAUCUACUGCCUGUCGCCCUCUACGAAGGAGGUGGCCCCCAUCACACGAGACCAGGGUGAUCGACGCGUGAUCAAGUUGUAUCUGAAGUCGAAGGAAACAGGAAAGAAGUUUGCCAGCGUGGACUUUGUGUUCUACAACUGCAGUGUCCACCGAUCGUGUCUGUCAUGUGUAAAUGGAAACUUCCCAUGUUACUGGUGCAAAUAUCGGCACAUGUGCACGCAGGAUGCCAGCGACUGCUCCUUCCAGGAGGGACGAGUCAACACCUCUGAGGAGUGUCCUCAGAUCCUUCCCUCCACUCAGAUCUACAUCCCUGCCGGCGUCAUGAGGCCCAUCACCCUGCUGGCCCAGAACCUGCCGCAGCCUCAGUCUGGACAGAGGAACUACGAGUGCAUCUUCCACAUCCAGGGCAGCACGCACAGCGUCCCUGCUCUGAGGUUUAACAGCACCAGCAUACAGUGCCAGAAGACCACGUACGACUACGAGGGCGGCGACAUCAGUGACCUGCCGGUCGACCUCUCCGUGGUGUGGAAUGGAAACUUUGUCAUUGACAACCCGUUCAACAUUCAAGCUCAUCUCUACAAGUGCAGAGCGCUGCGGGACAGCUGUGGUAUGUGCCUGAAGGCUGACCCCAGGUUUGAGUGUGGCUGGUGCGUCCUGGACAAGAAGUGCUCCCUCAGGCAGGAGUGUAACGGUGGAGGAAACUCCCACCUCCCGCUGCAGCUGGGUGAAGGUGGAGGGUGGAUGCACGCCACCUCUGGAAACAGCCGCUGCACCCAUCCAAAGAUCACAAAGUUGUUCCCUGAGACGGGGCCUCGCCAAGGGGGGACCAGGGUGACCAUCCUGGGGGAGAACCUGGGUCUGCAGUUCAGAGACAUUCAGAUGGGCGUCAGGUUGGGCAAAGUGCCCUGUGUGCCUAUUGAGGAGGAGUACGUGAGCGCUGAGAGAAUAGUGUGUCUGCUGAACGACGCUACGGGCUACAGGGUCCAGGAGGCUCAGGUGGAGGUGUGUGUGAGGGACUGUGUCAACGACUACAGAGCCCUGUCGCCGAGGCCAUUCACCUUUGUGACUCCAUACUUCACCCGAAUCCAGCCGUCUCAGGGGCCCAUCUCCGGCGGCACCAGGGUCACCAUCGAGGGAAGCAACCUGAACGCAGGCAGUUAUGUGUCUGUCAGCAUAGGACCACAGCCUUGCUACUUCAAAAAGAGGAAUGCCCGGGAGAUAGUGUGUGUGACACCAGCUGGACUGGCAGCUGGCACUUCAUCGGUCUUGGUGGACAUCGACGACGCUGAGCUGAGAAACCCUGAAGUCAAGUUUAACUACACUGACGACCCCACUGUCCUGAGGAUUGAACCGGACUGGAGCAUUGCCAGCGUCUACCUGAGCUAA